AUGAGUUUGCAAUCAUUCUAAGAUACAUUUUGUGGUGCUGUAGCUGGUUUUUCCUUUCGUUUCUUCGGACAUCCAUUCGAUACAGUGAAGGUGAGGAUGCAGAUGAAUGAUAAGAAGAGGUCAUUCGUGUAAUCCGCAAUAAAGAUUUUCCAUAAGGAAGGAAUUUUUGCAUACUACAAAGGGAUGUUAUCUCCUUUGCUGGCAGACAUUCCAUCCAAUGCAGUAUUGUUUGGGAUAUAUGAGUAUGUUUUCAGAUAAAUUUCCUCGAAUAACCAAGAAAAGAAACCUUACUUUCUAGAAUGGUUCAUUGCAGGAGGAGUGGCUGGUAUAGGAUAUGCAAUAGUAGUAUGUCCAGCUGAAAUGACAAAAUGCGUAUUGCAAAUGUAAAAGGAAUAUUUACACAAGCAAUUUAAGUCUCCAUUUCAUUGUUUUGCAUAUGCGGUAAAAAAUUAUGGCAUUGGCUCAGUUUUCAAGGGUCUAGUUGCUACAAUUUUGAGAGAUAUUCCGCAAAAUGCAACUUUCUUUGCAACUUACGAAUACUCAAAAUAUAUAUUUAGUAAAAAUGGUGAUUUACCAUUUUAUGGGGCUUUAAUAAGUGGAGCAUUAGGAGGAUUCACAUGUUGUUUAGCCUCAUAUCCAAUGGAUGUCGUAAAAACUUAAUUGUAAGUUGAAAUAAAAGAAACUUUACAAAACAGAAAGUUUAAGCCAAGAUUUUACGAUGGUGGUGUUACAGAAUGUGUAAAAUACAUUUGGUAAACACAAGGUUACAAAGGAUUUUGGAGUGGAGUCGAAAGUUGCAUAAUUUACUAUAUGGUUGGGUGUGCAGCAUAAUUUACGGGAUAUUAUUAUGCACAAUCACUAUUAACAAAUUAUUCAAAAAAACAUUGACAUUCAUAAUUUUAUGAAAUUCACAUUGUUCUAAUUUAU